AUGAAGUUGGUUAGCCUUGGAAUAUCUGCAAUUGUUCUUAUAGAGCUGGGCAACAGGUUCCUCUCUGGUGUGUUUCCAAAGCUUCUGAAUCCUAAUGUGGCUUCAUUCGCAGAAAAUGUUAAUGUUACUUUCAGUGAUGUUCAAGGCUGCGAUGAAGUGAAAAAAGAACUUCAGGAUAUUGUUGAAUUUCUUCGAAACCCUGAAAAGUUCAAUCACAUUGGAGCUAAGCUUCCCAAAGGCGUUCUUUUAGUAGGCCCCCCAGGAGUGGGAAAAACACUGCUCGCCAAAGCUGUUUCUGGAGAAGCUCAGGUACCUUUCUUAUAUGUUUCUGGAAGCAGUUUUGAAGAGGUUUUCGUUGGACUAGGAGCUUCUCGUGUUCGACAACUUUUGCUUCUGCUAAACGAAACUCACCAUGUUUAA